AUGUGCAGCAAUGCCGAUCCGUCUAGAGACAUAUCGCCAUCCGACGACAUGGCUCCAUUUUCUCUCGCAACCGCAAGAUACGGCAAGGAAAAGGUCCGAGUCUUCCGAGUUGUCAAAAAGGGUACUUGGCAUGAGGUUGUGGAAUACACUGUCAGCGUGUUACUGGAAGGCCAGAUCGCUUCGUCUUACACCAAGGCGGACAAUUCGGUUGUAGUUGCUACUGAUAGCAUGAAGAACACUAUCAACGUCUUCGCGAAGAACUCACCCCACGUGCUUACACCCGAGCUGUUCUCGUUGCAUCUCGGCUUGCAUUUCGUUUCUGAAUACGAGCAUAUCGAAAAAGCCAUCGUGACUGUCAUCUCACAUCGAUGGUCCCGUAUCCCCCUUGAUCAAAAACCGCAUCCUCACGCCUUUACCCGUGACGGUAAUGACGUUGAGCGGAUCGAGGCGACCGUCACGAAAGGCCACACUAGCGGUUCAACUUCCAUUGAGUUAAUCACUGGGCUCCAGGAUCUUUUGGUCUUGAAGACCACUGGAAGCGCAUUCGAGAACUUUAUCAGAGAUAAGUGGACCACGCUCCCUGAGGUUUCAGAUCGAAUCCUGUCGACCUCUGUUGAUUGUCGAUGCGCUAUCAAGAUAGAUCUUCCCUCCGACAAAUCACUUGCCAUUUCCUCCCUGGCAAAUCUAGGGAUCGACUUCAAGGCAAUUGCCAAAUCAGUCAGGGAAAUCACUCUUGAAACGUUUGCCACCGACGAAAGCGCUAGUGUCCAAGCUACACUUUACAAAAUGUGCGAACUCAUCCUGACUGCCCACGCUGAGAUUGUCAGAGUAUCUUACAGCCUUCCCAACAAGCAUUACAUCCCAAUUGAUCUGAGUUGGCAUGAAAACAUCCAAAACACGUCUGGCGAAGAUGCAGAUGUCUUCUUACCUCUCGACGCCCCCUCAGGUUUAAUUACCGCCACGGUUUCUAAGUAA